AUGAUAAGCACCUCGCCAGGCCGGAUGCGGGCCGACACGGACUUUUUCCGGGACUUAGCUAAAUCAGCCUACCUCAACCAAUGCACAUCGGACUCGGGGUCGGAUUCUCCGCGUGUAGAGUUUCGACCAGACAGUCAGCUGAUAACAUACUCUGGGGUGGCAUGUUCACGAGCUUUACCUGCUUCUUGGUAUAGAUCCAAGGAAGUUUACGAGCUAGAGAGACGAGCUAUUUUCGCGAAAAAAUUGAUUCUUACCAGUCACAAGCUCAGAUUUGCUGAAGUAGGCUCAUGGGUGAAGUUUGAGCAAGCCGGAUUCCAGUUCUUCCUUGUCAAAAACAAGCAGGGACAGAUUAAUGGUUUCUACAAUAUAUGCAGACAUAGAGCCUUCCCUAUCAUGACCAAUGAUGAAGGAAAGUCAAGCAUCCUCUCCAAAAAGGGUCUUCUGCCAAUCCAUGUUCAUGUUGAUGCCAAAGGCUUUAUCUGGGUCAAUCUAGAUACAUCAAAGACACCUAAAGACUGGUCAAGCGAGUUCAAAAACAUUGACCAAAUGGCCAGACAUGAAGGUUUCAAUUUCGAUGACUACUACUUCGAUCAUACCUGGGGAAUGAGCGGUGAUUGCAACUGGAAGACCUUGGCGGAUAACUACAAUGAAUGUUACCAUUGCAAGACCGCCCACCCGGAUGCCGCCGCAGUUGCAGACCUGUCGGCGUAUAAAGUUGAUACCAAGGGCGGUAACAUCGAGCACUUUGCCAACACGAAUCCUGAGCAGGAGAAGAAUGGCCUGAAGAUCGUGAGCAACUAUUACUUCCCUACCACUUGUAUGGUCGUCUCAUGUGUUCCCACCUCGCCUGGUCACUGCUCCAUGGAAUACGAAGUGUAUCGACACAAGAACGCCACCGACGAAGGCUUCAAAACGAUCGACGAGAUGUUCAAGAGAAUCUUGGCCAAAGAUAAAUGGCUCUGCAAUAACGCUCAAAAGAACCUGAUUGUAGGUGUUUUCGUGAAUGGAGAGAUGAAUCCUAAGAUGGAACAAGGUCCUCUUUACUUCCAGCACCGUGUUACAGGAAUUUUGAAUCGACAUCAUCAGUGGGAGAAGGCUGCGGGAAAGGAAAUCAAUCCAGCACAGCAUGUUCCUUCUGAUGGUUCCCGUGGGACGGAGACAGAUAUAGGCUUUUGUUCUAGUCUUGCUUGUGGAAAGGAUGCAGAAGAUUUGGCAUGGUAGAAGAGUAUAUUGACGAACUUUAUGUCUCGUAUAUAAGUGUUGAAGUAACUGGCGGUAUGGUAUGUCUCCAUGAAGAACAGACUUUUUACAUCACAGAGGCGCCCAAGGUUCUAAAAAAGCAAAUGGAAACCAUCAUGUUACAUAAACUCCAGGAUACUAGCGUAUACUCAAUACAAAACAGGCCGUGAUCACAUAACCAAACCCCCAAACUCAUUAGAUCUUUCCAGUUGCAUUAGAUGUAAAGUACUGGCUGAUAUCAU